UUUGUGGGCAACCAGACAGUGGCCAGCUCCUAUGGCACUGUGGUCAGAGGCAAUGCUGCCAACAGUCUUGAAAACAAGGCUGUUGCCACCACCAAUGGGACUGUAGUAGCUGGAAAUGUGAAAGUGGUAAGUGGCAAAAACACUGGCAGCCCUGCCAACAAAACUUUGGUUGCCACCAAUAGGACGGUGUUGUCUGCAAACAAUGCUGUUGAAGUUGCCAAUAAAACUGUGGUUGGCAGCAACAAGACUAUGGCCAGUACUGAUAGGAUUGUGGUUGUAGGUAACAAGACAGUGGUCACCACCACCAAUAAAAAUAUAGUUUCUGGCAACAAGAUUGUGACCGCGGCCAAAGAAACAAUAGUUGUUGGAAAUGUAACUGCAGCCGCCGUGAACAAAACUAGCAACGUUACUGUGUCCACCACCACUGAAACUAUGGUUUUUGGCAACGUCACUGUGGUCGCCACCAACAAAUCUAUGGUUUCUGACAACGUGCUUGUGGCUGCCAGUACUAAUGAAAUUGUGGUUGCUGGCAAUGUGACUGUGGUUGCCAACAAGACUGAGGCUGCCAAUGGUCCCAACAAAACUGUGGUUUCUGGUGCUGUGGCUGCUGAGGCCAUUGAAACUGUAGUUUCUGGCAACAUGACGGCAGUUGCCAUGAAAGAAACAAUGGUCUCUGGCAAUGUGACUGUGCCUGUCAUCAACAAAACUGUGGUGUCCGGCAACAUGACUGCAGCUGCCACGAACGAAACUAUGGUUUCUGGCAACGUGACUGUUGCCGCCGCCAACAAAACUAUAGUUUUUGGUAACAUGACUGGUGCUACCUGCACCAUGGAGACUGUGGCUCCUGGCAACAUGACUGUGGCUCCUGGCAAGGCGACUGUGGCCACCGGCGACAACAAAACUAUGGUCUCUGGUAACGCAACAGUGGCUGCGGGUGACAACAAAACUAUGGUCUCUGGCAACGUGACAGAGGUCGCCAGCGACAACAAAACGAUGGUUUCUGGCAACACAACUAUGGUUGCUAACGAGCCUGUGGCUGCCAAUGGUCCCAAGAAAACACUGGUUUCUGCCGCUAUGUCUGCUGGUGCCUUGGAAACUGUAGUUUCUGGAAAUGUGACUGAGGCAGUCGUCAUCAACAAUACUUUGGUUUCGGGCAACAUGACUAUGGCUCCUGGCAACGCGACAGUGGCCGUCGGCAACAAAACUAUGGUCUCUGGCAACGCAACAGUGGCCGUCGGCGACAACAAAACUAUGGUCUCUGGCAAUGUGACAGAGGCCGCCGGCGACAACAAAACUAUGGUUUCUGGCAACACAGCUAUUGUUGCUAACGAGCCUGUGGCUGCCAAUGGUCCCAACAAAACUCUGGUUUCUGCCGCUAUGUCUGCUGGUGCCUUGGAAACUGUAGUUUCUGGAAAUGUGAAGGAGGCAGUCGUCAUCAUCAACAAUACUUUGGUUUCUGGCAACAUGACUAUGGCUCCUGGCAACACGACAGUGGCCGCCGGCGACAACAAAACUAUGGUCUCUGGCAAUGCGACAGAGGCCGCUGGCGACAACAAAACUAUGGUUUCUGGCAACGUGACUGUGGACACCGGCGACAACAAAACUAUGGUCUCUGGCAACGCUACAGUGUCCGCUGGCGACAACAAAACUAUGGUCUCUGGCAAUGUGACAGAGGCCGCCGGCGACAACAAAACUAUGGUCUCUGGCAACGCGACAGUGGCCGUUGGCGACAACAAAACUAUGGUCUCUGGCAAUGCGACAGAGGCCGCUGGCGACAACAAAACUAUGGUUUCUGGCAACGUGACUGUGGACACCGGCGACAACAAAACUAUGGUCUCUGGCAACGCAACAGUGUCCGCAGGCGACAACAAAACUAUGGUCUCUGGCAACGCAACAGUGUCCGCUGGCGACAACAAAACUAUGGUCUCUGGCAACGCGACAGUGGCCGUCGGCGACAACAAAACUAUGGUCUCUGGCAAUGCGACAGAGGCCGCUGGCGACAACAAAACUAUGGUCUCUGGCAACGCAACAGUGUCCGCUGGCGACAACAAAACUAUGGUUUCUGGCAACGUGACUGUGGACACCGGCGACAACAAAACUAUGGUCUCUGGCAAUGCGACAGAGGCCGCCAGCGACAACAAAACGAUGGUUUCUGGCAACACAGCUAUGGUUGCUAACGAGCCUGUGGCUGCCAAUGGUCCCAACAAAACUAUGGUUUCUGGGAACGAGACUGCUGGUGCAAUGGAAACUGUAGUUUCUGGAAAUGUGACUGAGGCAGUCGUCAUCAACAAUACUUUGGUUUCUGGAAACAUGACUAUGGCUCCUGGCAACACGACAGUGGCCGUCGGCAACAACAAAACUAUGGUCUCUGACAAUGCGACAGAGGGCGACGGCGACAACAAAACUAUGGUUUCUGGCAACACAGCUAUGGUUGCUAACGAGCCUGUGGCUGCCAAUGGUCCCAACAAAACUAUGGUUUUUGGGAACGAGACUGCUGGUGCAAUGGAAACUGUUGUUUCUGGAAAUGUGACUGCGCCCAUCAACAAUACUAUGGUUUCUGGCAACAUGACUGUGGCCACUGCCACCAAUGACAUCAUGGUUGCUUGCAAUGUGGCUGUGAACAAGACUGUAGUGAACAGCAAUGUGACUGUGGCAAGCUCCAACACAGUCACUUUACAAUUGUUUGAUUGCAACAAGACUGUUCAUAGCACAAACAGGCCUGUGUUUGAGAGCAAUGACACACUGUUGCCCACAAACAGCACUGUGAACAUUGUUGCCAGUGGGACUUUGGAUCCAGGCAACAAGACUGUGACUGGUGCCAAUGGGACUGUACUUGUUGGCAACAUAACUUUGACUGCUGUCAGUGGGGCUAUGCCUGCCAACAACCCCACAGAGCUGACCGCCAGCAGCAAUGUGGCAAACGGGGCUGCUAAGAGGACUGUGGCCACCUCAAAGGAGACUGGAGCUACUGCCACUUAUGCAGCAAAUUUAUCAAGAUUUAGAUUGAGCAUAUUUUUAUGAUAAAGCUAAUCCUAUUUGACAGUAAUAAAAUGAAUGUUAUGUGAAUACGUCUUUUUAUCAAUAGUGUUAUAAAAAAAGAGAAAUGUAUUAUGUUUAAACAAAAACAACGGGCUAAAGCAAUGAAACAUCAACCAUGGAAAAGUUGCUGCAAGUACUAAACUAAGCUGGACCAUAACUUUGAGUAGCCUUUGAGCAUACUAGCUCUUCCACUUUGUAGUAGGUGUCCUAACCUUUUGUAUGUCACUAAUGUUGACAUUUAUUCUGUGGUUUUAAGGAACUAGGGACAAAGCUUGAAUCCUGGUCUGAAUGAAUGCCUUCAUUAUUUUGUGCUCAUGCCCAUUUGAUUCCACAGCCUAAGAUGGUAAUUUUCUGUAUAAUCCACCAGUAGCUAUGAGAUUUCUGUUUAGGGUUUUCAAGGAGUUUACCCAAAUUUCUAUACAAGGUAUUCAACUGUUAAAUAAGUGUUGGAAAAUCAAUUCUAUUGAAAAGGUGACUUAUGUUUAUGUAUUAAAAUAAUUAUCAAUAAAGAUUUUUUAUGGAAUUCAAAUGUACCU